UAUUAUCAUAAAAUCCACUAUACUUAUCUGUUUCCCUCAAAUAACAUAAAAAUCGAAUCAUUCGAACAAAUCCCCUCGAUUCAACACACAGUCGGUGCUAUUUUCUGGGCCAACUAUGUUCUUCUUCAUGACCCAUCGCCACCCUCAACUGAUGACAUACUUGAAUUGAUGCUGGAGAGAGCUGCUGGAAAGAGGGAAAGAACCCAUAGCUCCAAAUCGUCGUAAGGUAAAAGAGGAUAGAGAGAAGAAGAAGAAGUAUUUUGUCAGAUCUUUCUGUUUUUCGAGUGUGAAAAUUUUGUAGAGAGAAAAGGAAGAGAGGAAGCAUGGGAUUAGACAAUAUCUCAGCUCAGAAGAGAACCGGCGGUGGAGGGAAUAGUUUGCCGACCACUGCUGCCACCGCCAACGGUAGGAGAAGCCGUGGGUUCCCUGGAAUUCCACGUGGCCGUCAGAUCCAGAAGACUUUCAACAAUAUCAAGAUCACAAUACUCUGUGGCUUUGUCACCAUCCUUGUUCUUCGUGGCACCAUCGGCAUCGGCAACCUUGGCAGCUCCGAGGCCGACGCUGUAAACCAAAACAUCAUCGAAGAAACCAACCGGAUACUUGCGGAGAUUCGAUCUGACGGCGACCCCAACGGCCCGGAUGAUCCUGCCGAGACCGAAAUCAACCCUAAUGCCACUUACACGCUUGGACCCAAGAUUGCGAACUGGAAUCAGAAGCGAAAGGUUUGGCUCGAUCAAAACCCACAAUUUCCAAAUUAUGUUAAUAAAAGAGCUAGGAUCUUGCUUGUUACUGGUUCUCCUCCAAAACCCUGUGAUAACCCAAUUGGGGAUCAUUAUUUGUUGAAGGCAAUCAAGAAUAAGAUUGACUAUUGCAGGCUUCAUGGGAUUGACAUAGUAUACAAUUUGGCUCAUUUGGAUAAGGAACUUGCUGGAUAUUGGGCCAAGUUGCCGCUGAUUCGGCGAUUGAUGUUGUCUCACCCUGAGGUUGAGUGGAUUUGGUGGAUGGAUAGUGAUGCUUUAUUUACUGAUAUGAUGUUUGAGAUUCCUCUAGAAAAAUAUGAUAACUAUAAUUUGGUUGUUCAUGGAUAUCCUGAUUUGAUGUUUAACCAGAAGUCCUGGAUUGCACUCAACACAGGAAGCUUUUUGUUUCGGAAUUGUCAAUGGUCUUUGGAUUUGCUGGAUGCCUGGGCUCCAAUGGGACCAAAGGGUCCGAUUCGAGAAGAGGCUGGCAAGAUUUUGACUGCAUUCUUGAAGGGCAGGCCAGCAUUUGAGGCUGAUGAUCAGUCAGCUUUGAUAUAUCUAUUGCUUUCUCAGAAAGAUCAAUGGAUGGAUAAGGUGUUUAUUGAGAAUUCAUACUAUUUGCAUGGUUAUUGGGCUGGAUUAGUCGAUAGGUACGAGGAAAUGAUCGAGAAGUAUCACCCUGGAUUAGGCGACGAAAGGUGGCCAUUCGUGACGCAUUUUGUUGGUUGCAAGCCUUGUGGUAGCUAUGGAGAUUAUCCAGUUGAAAGGUGCUUGAGUAGCAUGGAGAGGGCUUUUAAUUUUGCUGACAAUCAGGUGCUCAACCUGUAUGGAUUUCGCCACAGGGGCCUUCUGAGCCCCAAGAUCAAGCGAAUCAGGAACGAGACAGCCACUCCAUUGGAGUCGGUUGAUCAAAACAAUAUUCGGUGGCGUGUUCUACAUCGAAGUAACACGCCUCCAACCAAGUGAGCUAAUCACUUCCUUGUGUGAUUACCUGUAGGUGAUGAUGUAAUACGUCAAUUCAUAGCAGCAGAUAAAGGCUGGCAGCAGUUCAUACAAGUCUGUCUCUUCGUUCUGAGAAGGAUAGAGCAUAAUUCUUUCAUUAACUUAAAAAGACAGUGUUUCAGAAAUGAGUAUAGGUACUUUAUUUACCUCUCUUUACCGUUCUUUUUUACUUUGAUUUUAUUUUGAGGAGUUGAACGUUACUAUUCUUGCUUUGUAUUUAGACUCGAUCAUAUUGAUAUCAAUAUUAUGCAUUCAAAUCUAGAUCAGAACUUUGAUAUUUC